AUGGAGGAGUUACAAUUGCAAUUCUCAGACUUGUUUGAGAAUGUUGAAGGCUUACCACCGCAGCGCCCAGUAGAGCAUGAGAUGCAACUCGUUGGAGAAUCUCUAUUUCCUAAUUUGGGUAUGUAUCGUCAUUCAGUGAAGGAGAGUGAAGAAAUCAAGAGACAAGUCAAAGAGCUCCUAGAGCAAGGAGUAUUGAAGCCAAGCUGCUCACCUUGUGGAUCCCCAGUAUUGUUGGUCCCAAAGAAAGAUGGCAGUUGGUAUGAUUUAAUGUAUCAACUACAGUCAGCUCGAUGGUUCACCAAACUAGAUUUGAAGUCUGGUUAUCAUCAAGUCAGAAUCAAAGAAGAAGAUACAUGGAAAACCACAUUCAAAACCAAACAGGGCCUCUUCGAGUGGCUAUUGAUGCUGUUUGUUUUAUGCAAUGCUCCGGCAACAUUUAUGCGUCUCAUGAAUGAGGUACUUCGUUCAUACAUUGAUGAUUUUGUCAUUGUUUACUUGGAUGAUAUCUUGGUGUUUAGUCCUACUUGGGAAGAACAUUUGAUUCAUGUUGAGAAAGUGUUGGAGACAUUGAGGCAAUAUCAGUUACGACUGAAUAUGAAGAAAUGCGAGUUUGGGAAGAGUUAUCUAGUGUAUCUUGGUUUUAUAGUUGGUGACGAAGAAUUGAAAGUUGAUCCGUCCAAAGUGCAGGCUAUUACAGAUUGGCCUAGACCUUUGCGAAAUUAUCCUACCUACAAUAAGGAGUUGUUUGCCUUACAUCAGUAUGUGAAACAUUGGAGAUGCUACCUAUUAGGAUGGCUUCAUGUUCAAAGGAAACUAAUAUGCAUCCCCAACAAUGGAGACCGAUUGCAAUGGAUCAGGGAGGCUCAUACUUCUAGAUGUGCAGGUCACUUCGGAGUUGACAAAACCCUCCUCAAUCUACAACGUUAUGUUUAUUGGCCUUGGAUGCAUGUAGAUGUUUCUCGUUUUAUUCGAGGUUGCGUGUUAUGCAACACCUCAAAACCAUCGCGGAAGUUGGGGUUGUAUACACCACUUCCGGUACCAAAUAGGCCCUUGGGAAAGUAUCUCAAUGGGUUUUUUUUUGGUGAUUUGCCUACAACUACCACUAGGUUUGAUUACUUGUUUGUUGUGGUGGACAGAUUCAGCAAAAUGGUUAUCUUAAUUCCUUGUAAGAAGACAAUCUCAGGAGAAGGUGCUGCAAAGUUGUUUUUCCACCAUGUUUGGAAACAUUUCGGGUUACCUACUUCUAUCAUUUCGGAUCGAGAUAGCAGAUUUCUUGGUCACUUUUGGAAGUUUUUAUGGGGAUUGAUGGACACAAAGCUGAAACAUAGUACUAAUUUUCAUCCUCAAACAGAAGGACAAACAGAAGUGGUAAAUCGGACCCUGGUACAUCUAUUGAGAGGAUAUAACUCUAAGCAUCCUCAUACUUGGGAUGUGAGUUUACCUUAUCUACAAUUUGCCUUUAAUAGGGCAAUUCAUAGUUCUAUUUUAAAGUCACCUUUCGAAGUCUGUUUGAGCUACAUACCUUCGAGUCCAUUUGAUAUGGUCUUCUCAGUUGGUGACAAGCAAAAUGGAGAAGAAAAUGAUGAUAGGCUAAAAGCACAGCGACUCUUGGAGAGCAUUUCGAAGAUCCAUAAAGAAGUUGAGGAGCAAUUACAGAAAGAAAGAUUACAUGGUGUAGGAAGGAAAUUAAAUCCAAUUCAAUACGGGCCAUUCAAGAUCUUGGAAAAGAUUGGAGAGAAUGCAUUUCGACUUGAGCUGCCACCUUACAUGCAGAUGUAUUCAAUAAUAAAUGCCGAGUAUUUAAAACCCUUUGCGCCAUCAUUAUUGGAUGAUGAUGAAGACAUUAAGGAUUCUCGACUUCCCCUGCUGGACGAUCUAUGGUUUGAGAUGGAAGACCCAUUGAUGGCAGACUGCAUUCUUGAAACAGCAGUUUUAGCUUUCGCAGGAGCUUCAGCUUCCCUAAAAUGGAGAGCCAUGAUCCAAGUGGAUCUUUCGCAAAUGAGGGAACUGAUGCAUUUGUUCCAAGAUGGGGCCAUAUUUGGUGGCGGCGGCAGGAUUGGCGUAAGCUGGGCUUAUGUGAACACACAGAAAACACUUGAAGACACUGCACCUGCACCUGUAGAGGAUCAAUAUAUACUGAAAUAUGGUCAUUAUCUUAUAAGACUGUUUGUCUGUCGCGAAUCUCAUGGCCUGGUGCUCCGGGCCGAGGGGAUGUGUGUCAACACGUGA